CUCGUCCCACGGCAAGGAAGUCUGCUUCGCUUUUGUUGCAGUUUGUUGAUGAACGUCGGCUCGACCGCCGCUCGGUGUGAUGUGACUUGUUGAUUUAUUAAUCAGUGUUUAGUGCUGUUGUCUGUGAUAAAAAUGACCUGAUGCAUGGAAUAUGUGUUUAGUGUUUUUCAAGUGUUCAGUGUAAAAUGGGUUUGAUUACAUCGCGAGAGCAAACAAUGUUGGACGGGCCGGCAGUAGCGCCGGCCAAGAGUCACCAUGUGCGGCAGGCGUCGACUAGGAACCGCACCAAGCCGCCGAUGCCAGACAGAGAUGAGCUGGAGAACCGUUUCGUUAAAGUUCUGGCCUCAAUGGACCUACCGCCCGACAAGGCGAAACUACUUCGCAACUAUGACCUGGAGAAGAAAUGGGAGAUCAUCUGCGACCAGGACAUGGUCCAAGCCAAGGAUUCGCCCACGCACUACCUCAACAAACUCAGGACGUACCUCGACCCGAAGGCCUCCAGGAGUCACAGGAAACGGAAAAUGGUCGGCGACUCUACAUCCACACAAGUUCUUAGGGAUUUGGAAAUAUCACUCCGAACCAAUCACAUAGAAUGGGUUCGCGAGUUCCUGAACGAACAGAACCAAGGUUUGGACGUGCUGAUAGACUACCUCAGCUUCCGGCUCAGCAUGAUGCGGCACGAGCAGAGGAUAGCUCUCGCUCGGAGCCAGUCCAGCGACGGCAUCAACCAAGGUGCAAACACAACGACCUCCGACUGCAGCGCGCCGACCGACAACAGCUCCACACUGAACGCGUCGUGGCGGCGCCGCGCGCGCUCCACCGACGCCGAGUGCUCGGGCGCGGGCGCGGGCGCCGGCGCCGCCAGCCCCGCCGCCGCGCGCCGCCGCACGCGCCACGCCGCGCGCCUCAACAUGGGCGCCUCCACCGACGAUAUACAUGUCUGCAUCAUGUGCAUGCGGGCUAUCAUGAACAAUAAGUAUGGCUUCAACAUGGUAAUCCAACACCGAGAAGCCAUCAACAGCAUAGCUCUCUCCCUCGUCCACCAUUCGCUACGCACCAAAGCGCUAGUGCUGGAGCUCCUCGCCGCCAUAUGCCUCGUGAAAGGUGGACACCAGAUCAUAUUGUCGGCGUUCGACAACUUCAAGGAGGUCGCCGGCGAGCCGAGGCGGUUCCACACGCUCAUGGACUACUUUAUGAACUAUGAACACUUCCAUAUUGAAUUUAUGGUGGCGUGCAUGCAGUUCGUGAACAUCAUAGUGCAUUCGGUGGAGGACAUGAACUUCAGAGUGCACUUACAAUACGAGUUCACCUCGCUGAAGCUGGAUGACUAUUUGGAAAGGCUACGGAUGUGCGAGAGCGAGGAUCUGCAGGUCCAAAUAUCGGCGUACCUCGACAACGUUUUCGACGUUGCGGCCCUUAUGGAAGACAGCGAGACGAAAACGGCCGCACUUGAAAAGGUCAACGAACUGGAGGACGAGUUGGGACACGCCCACGAGCGCCUAGCAGCGCUCGAGCGAGAGGCGAUAGCGAAAUUGGCUACGCUAGAAUCCGAACUGGCCAGCGUACGCCAGGAACGCGACCAGCUGGCCGAGGCGCGUCGGCAAGUAGUGGAAGAGGUAUCAACGCUAAGACGGGCGCAGCAGGAUUCCAGAAACAGGCAGUCUAUGCUGGAGUCGAAGGUUCAGGAGCUGGAAUCCUUGACCAAGUCGCUGCCACGAGGGGCGUCAAUGGGCGCUAUAUCCUCCCACGCUCUCUGCAACGGUACCAACGGCACCAGCGGCACCACAAACGGCACGCACACCCCCAACGGCCCCUCCUCCCCGCUCCCCAACGGCUUCACCAAGCCCGCCCCCCCUCCCCCCGCGCCUAAACCCCCGCCAGCCCCCGUGGCACCCCCGCCACCACCCCCGCCUCCGCUAGUACCGUGUGCUCCCCCACCCCCACCCGCGCCUGGGCUAAUGAUGCCCCCGCAACAUACAGAUGCCAUGACGAUAAAGAGGAAGGUGGACACCAAGUAUAAGCUGCCUACGCUGAAUUGGAUAGCUUUGAAGCCUAACCAGGUUCGAGGCACAAUAUUCAACGAGCUAGACGAAGAGCGGCCACGAAACAGGAUAAACUUCUCAGAGUUCGAAGAGAAAUUCCGCAUCGGCGGCCCCUGUGGCGUCGGAGUGGACUCCUGCGACAACGACACGUUGGCUUCCUUCCCGAGCAAGAGGUUCAGGAGGCCUGACACUGUGUCGCUGUUGGAACACACGCGGUUACGGAACAUAGCAAUAUCCCGAAGAAAACUCGACAUACCCGUCGAGAAAGUAAUCCUAGCGGUCAACAACCUCGAUCUCAAACAACUGCCACUAGAAAGCGUCGAAAUCCUCCAACGGAUGGUGCCUACCGAAGCCGAACAGAAGGCCUACAAAGAAUACUUAGCUGAGAAGAAAAAUAUCAACUUACUAACGGAGGAAGAUAAAUUCCUUAUGCAACUAGCGAAGGUAGAAAGGAUUUCAGCUAAAUUGUCUAUAAUGAGUUACAUGGGCAAUUUCUUCGAUAACAUCCAUCUAAUAACGCCUCAAAUCCAUGCGAUAAUCUCAGGGUCUUCCUCAGUGAAAUCCUCACAGAAAUUAAGAAAUGUCCUAGAGAUUAUCCUCGCUUUUGGUAACUACUUGAACAGUAGUAAGCGGGGCCCGGCCUACGGAUUCAAACUGCAGUCAUUGGACACGCUUAUGGAUACGAAGUCAACAGAUAAGAGGAUAUCGCUGUUGCAUUAUAUCGUGGGGACUAUUAGGCAGAACUUCCCGGAGUUGAUGAACUUUGAUUCAGAGUUGAUGUAUAUUGACAAGGCUGCUCAAGUGUCCCUGGAGAACGUGGUGUCCGACGUGACGGAGCUGGAGCGCGGCAUGGAGGCGGUGCGGCGCGAGUGCGAGGCGCGCGAGGCGCACCGCGCCGCCGCCCCGGCGCCGCACGUGCGCGACUUCCUCAACAACGCGCACGACAAGCUGCGCCGCACGCGCACCGAGGCCAAGCUGGCGCAGGACGCGUUCGCGGCGUGCGUGGAGUACUUCGGCGAGGCCCCGCGCGGCGUCGACGCCAACGCUUUCUUCUCGCUGCUCGUGCGAUUCACGAGGGCGUUCAAGCAAGCGGACACAGAGAACGAACAACGCCGUAGGCUCGAACAAGCCGCCCAACAAGACUACGUGGACCCUGCCAAGACGAGGCAGGCGCAGAAGAAACAACAGGAGGCUGUAAUCAACGAACUAAAAACGAAAUCGCAAGCCGUCGGGGAGAAGAAACUUCUCCACCAAGACGAAGUAUACAACGGAGCGCUAGAAGACAUCCUACACGGGCUUCGAAGCGAGCCCUACAGGCGCGCAGACGCCGUGCGGAGGUCGCACCGUCGGCGCAUCAACUCCCACAGACUCUCUAAAGGACUAGAGGAGCUAGACGUAUGAUACGAGCCCACCUCCAGUGACCAACUGGAAAACGCCUCUGUCUUAGACGCUGUCAGAUCAAUAAACGCGCGCUGCGACGAUAAAUUAAAGAAAAAGAAGAGAAAAGAUUUAGAAAUGGUACAUAAGAAACAAACUAUAGCUAUUUACAACAUCGAUGAUGAUUUCUCCGAUUUCACCACCAACACCGUCCGGAAACACAAAUCGUCCCCGUACAGAGUCGCCCCGACCGAAUGCGAGGUCGAGGAGCGGUGCGAUCUUAUAAAAUCGACGUAUGACGUCAUUUCGAAAUAUACGCGAGCGAUGUUCGACAAGCAAAACGAAACGGUCGUCUAAACGUGCCUAAUAGUUAAUAAAGUUCGUCUAAGCUCUUUGCACUUGGUAAGGAACAGUGUGGAAACGCCAACAUGUACGACCCUUUGAACGCCACGCCUAUCGUGCGCGGCGCGCCAUUUUGAACCUUGUUAGCAUGCACGAAGGUUGAUAUUGGGCUGUGGCCGCGCGCGUCAUUUGACGUCUUUAGCGGUCAAAAAGUUAAUAAAUGACGCUUAUAAUGGCGUGCCACAUUUUGUCACUGCCAGCUUAGCUUACGGACUAUACCCCCGCUUGCACUCGCGACAGUGUUGCAAGCCUUAAAAAAUAACCCUAUUUAUUUUAUCGUUGGUGAAACCACUUUUUAAUAAUAGUUAGCGGAGCUAACGAAAAUCUAUCGCGAGUGCAAUUAGGGUUCAUUUGAUACGCCUGAAUUUCAUUCCAUUGCUACUCGAAAGUAUUUUGCUACGGACAAUUUACAAGUUUAUUUUGAUACACACGCUUAGCUUAGACGUUUUUGUAGCGCCCGGCUCUAGUGCUAUCUCUUGUUCGCACAAUACAAAAAAGAGAGACGGCAUCAUAGACCAAAUGGGCAUCUUAGUACCGCUAGAUAAAGGCCUUUAAAAACUUUACGCACAUUUUUGUAAGCGUAUUUUGAAAGGAUGUAAUUUCUACUAUUUAUAAUCGUAUAAGUAAUAUUACAGUGUCCUUAAUAUGUAUUAACAAUAUAUACAUAAUACAUAUAAUAUUUAACGCAAGGUAUCUUUCGUAUAAACGAAUUAGUAUAAAAUUUACUAUAUAUGCAUUUAUAUAUUCCUAGCAUUUGUACGUAACAAUAUUGUGAUAGUUCAAAAUAUGUAGCAUUUACUCAUUUAAUUUUCAUAACAUCAACUGGUUUGAGUGUAGAAAAUACAUUUUAAUUUAAUUGUUUAGGAGUACUACUUAUAUUUUUAUAAUGAUAGUCCACAUCAGAAAUGGAUCUUAGCUAAAACCCCUAAAUAAGAUAUAGUCAGCUGCAUACAAAAAAUUAAAACUAUUAAGGGAUGUUUACCAUAUAACUUUGCUGACUACACGUGCGCAAGUAUUGCCUUUAGUUUCGUACAUCAACCCUUUGAACGAAACGCCUUUUAUAUGCACACGAGAUAAUAAACCUUAUUGGAAUGCAUAAAGGUUGAUAUUACACUGUAACCGAGCGCGUCGGUUGACGUCUUUAGCAGUCAGAGGGUUAAGGUUUUUUAGUUAAAUCCUUAGCGUCAAUGUCCACAUUUGAGCAAUGUAUAGUUUUGAGAUAGACUCUCAUGUUAAGUAUUGUGUAUUUUUGAGACAUGACAUAGAUUGUAAUUAUUUAUAAGUUUCGAUUCCAAUUAGAUUAAGUUUAAUAUAUAUGAGAAUUAUGUUCAAUAUGCCUCUAAUUUUGAAAUAUAUAAUGAUUAUAAUUUGGUAUAUCCGAAAGUAAAUUUUAAUUUGUUACGAUCUGAAUUGCAUCUCGAAUAAGUUAAUUUUAAUUAAUUUAUAUAUUUUUUGUGUAAAUAUUUGUUUUAUAAUUGCAAUAGUACCAAGUUUUAUAUCAUUUUAUUGUAAAUAUAGUAUUUUCGUAUAAAUAUUGGUUGAAACCGAAAUAGAUUUGAGUUUACGCACUUUAUUAUUAUAAGUAUAAAUUAUACGUUAUUAAGAAUAAACAAGUUGGUACUUUUGCAAAGUAAUUAUAAUUCGUAUUGCUAUUUUAUGAAUAUAAUUUAAUAUAUAACGCACUAAAUUUUAGGCUGAGUAUACAAUAGUCACAUUGACAAAAUAACCCCGGUGUAUUGCGCGCUACUGGGGAAUACGUUGUGUUUUUUUGUUGUACCUAAGGUUUGCUUGCAAGUUGAUUGCUAUCAGGAGUAGGUAGAUAUGUUGGCUAGUCAUAUAAAAACUAUGACAUUACGUAAUCAGAGACAUGGGAAACAAUUACUAAACUACUUUAGUAAUUGAUAAAAGACUUGAAAACUUUUCCAAUCGAACCUCCCUAAAUGUGGUCCUGUAUUGACAUAUAGAUUGGAUGGAACUAUUACUAUAGUAUAACCGGCUGUUGGGAAUUGCUAACUUUCCUCACUUAUAUCCCAAAUAGGUAUGUUCAAUCUCUAAACGUUACAAUGGUUGGUUCAAAAGUUUAAUUUCUUUAGCUUUAAAACUUGCAAGUUUCUUGUAUAGCAAUCAACAUGCACUGAAUAAAACAUUAACUAUUCUGGCUUACAUUUAAAACGUAGUAAACGGCUAAGUCAAAAUGUAAAAGAAAAAGUUUAUAACACAUUCACUGCCAACACGAGCUACGCGCUAUGAGCGUAGCCUAUAACACGGGUUAAACCGUAUGUGGAAAAAAGCGCCUACGCAAAGAGAACCCGCCUAGCGGGUCGGGGGCAGUGAAUGUGUUAAAAAUAUAAAUGAAUACAGGGUUAGUAACGGACGGCGCACAUAUGUUGACGGUUGAAGGAUUUCAGAAACCACCUAUUUGAGUAAUUAUUAAUUACUAUUAAGUAAUAAUUAAUUAAUUACGAUUUUGUGUCAAGUUAUGUUUCAAAGGUUAUUGCCGCACUUUUUUAUUGCAGAUGUGGUAAAUACUUCUUUUGAUUGUCAUUUAACUUUGAAAUAAUGUUGCAACUCUUUUGGACGCCAAUAUAAAAUACAUACAUUUUGUCCAACAAUUUUAUCAAUAUUAUGAAACCAUUUGUAGGCAAUUAGCGAUGCUCUCGUGGUAAAGGCGAUUUAAAAAAUAAUAAUGUAAACUGUCUGUGUGUACUGGCGGGAGCUUGCACCAAACCGUGAUGAGUGGCGGAAGAAAGGGGAGGCCUUUGCCCAGAUGUUUGCAAGUUUUCUAUUUGAUAAAUUUCAUCAAAAUCCUUUUAGUAAGUAGCUCUUGGAAAGUUUAUCCACAUCUGCAGUAAAAAGUGUGCAGUUUUGGUAGAAGUUUAUAAUAAUGUUUUCUGUAUAGUUAUAUUCGUAUGUGAUGUAUACCUGAGAGUUUUAAUCAGUUCUUCAUAGUUUGUAUCGCAUGUACGCUAGUGUUAGAAACAGUAUUCAGUGAUGCAAUAAAACAUACAUUUACAGUA